GGACACAGAAUUGUUACUGAGGGACACAGAAUUGUUACUGAGGGACACAGAAUUGUUACUGAGGGACACAGAAUUGUUACUAGGGACACAGAAUUGUUACUGAGGGACACAGAAUUGUUACUGGGGACACAGAAUUGUUACUCAGGGACACAGAAUUGUUACAGGGACACAGAAUUGUUACUGAGGGACACAGAAUUGUUACUGAGGGACACAGAAUUGUUACUCAGGGACAGACACAGAAUUGUUACUCAGGACAGACACAGAAUUGUUACUGAGGGGGACACAGAAUUGUUACUGAGGGACACAGAAUUGUUACUCAGGGACAGACACAGAAUUGUUACUCAGGGACAGACACAGAAUUGUUACUGAGGGA